AUGGAAUUAGAAUAUCCAAGAGAUGAGGAGUGGAUAGAUUUGUCACUAUCUAAACUAGAGGGGGAGUUACAUAGUAUCAAGAAUGAAAUAGCAUCUGAUAUGAAACUUAAAGUUGUAGAUUUAUUGAAUUUUUGUACCAAGAACCUUUUUAAAAUGAAAUCUGAAGUUAUUGAAAACUUAGAAAAAGGUUUAAGGGGAUAUUCAACUAAAAUUGAAGUACUACCAUCUCAGAUUAAGACUAUUAGAGGUUUAAGACAUAAAUUACAACAGUCUAUAGAGUUAGUUGAUCAUUUAAUUAAACUGAAAAAGUGUCAUGAAGGUUUUAAAGAGAGUUUAAAUGAUAAGAAUUAUGAGUUAUGUGCUAAGUUUAUAGAAGAAUAUUUACCUAUAAGAAAGUCAUGUAUUAAAUUUGAGGAGACAAUUUGUUCUGAUUUAGAUAAAGGUAGGGAUAUAUUUUACAACAUAGUUUGUGACUUAUUUGAUCAGAGCUUGAAUAAUGGUAACCAAGAGGGAGUUUUUUAUUAUGUAAGACUUUUUGUACCAUUAGGAAAGUCACAAGAGGGAUUAAGGAGAUAUAUAACUUUUAUUAGAGGUAAUAUAAGUGAUUUAUGUAUGAAAAAAUAUAACAAUGCAUUGAAAGAUUCUCAAAUUAAGGGAUCUAAAUUGGAUUAUGUAGAUAUUUUUACAUCUCUAUUUAUUUCAAUAGCAAAUACUAUUCAGGAUUAUCAAGGCAAGAUUCCAGAUUUUGCAAAAUAUGAUACUGAAUUGGAAGAUACAUCCCCUUUUAACGAUUAUAAGAAACGAAGUACUAUGUUGAUUUUUUACAGAGGUAUUGAAGAAGAACUUUAUAUUCAGGAAAAUAAGUUGAUAGAUAGAUUUGAAAAAGAUCAUAAACUAUAUCUGGAUAUUGAAUGGAAUGACCCGGAUAUAAAAUUAGAGGAUUUGGGAAUAUCCCAUCGUGAAUUAGAUGAGUUCUUAGAUAAAUAUACUCUAAUUAGUAGACUUCACUACCAAUUUCAAGUUUAUUUUAUAGGUAUUAUAAACUCAUGUCAAAUAUCAGAAAUGGAUGAAACUGAAAAUUGUUUAUCUAAUGUACCUAAGGACUCUUCUAAUAAUAUGGAAUCUUCAAUAGAACAAGUUUUUUCUAGAAUUCAAGAUUUGAAUACUAAAUAUGUUUCUUGUGAAUAUGGAUAUUUGCUAUUUUCAAUAUAUCAAGCUCUUAAAACUACAGAUGAAGUAUUAUGGAAUGACAGGGAUACCAUGGUUUCUACUUUUGUAGAAGAUAGUUUCUUUUUAUUACAUAAAUCUUUAUCAAGAUGUAUGUCAAUUGGGGAUGUUAAUGCUUUAAAGAUUAUUCUAAAUUACAUAAAUUAUUUAUUGCAAGAUGUAAUUAAACCCCAAAUUAUUGAAAAUUUUCAAAAUGCUAAACCUUUAUACGAACAAGCUCUAGGGAAUAGUAAUGAUGAAAUUAUUAACUAUAAUCUUUCCCAUUUAAUGACCUUGAUACAACAGACGCAGGAACAAAAACAAAUAUCAAGUAAUAUCGGUGCUAGAUAUUCAUGGUCUCAUUCACUUAAUAAUUUACAAGCCUGUAUAGAAAAUAUAGAGAUUUUAAAGGAGACAAUAUUACGUGAUUUUGAGGCUGAUUACCAACAAUUGCUUAAUCUUCAAAAUGGGUUAUACCAUGAAAUUAUAGAAAUAAUGACCAAAAUAUUUAAGAAUUUAAUAGCAGAAUAUAGACAGUUGCAUGAUUAUUAUGGUAAGAUUACACUUCAAAUUCUUAGUAAAAUUGCUAUCUCACCUAUUUUAAUGACUUUACAUGAGGAUAUUUCCUAUGAAAUUACUGAGGAAGAAAGUAGAGAUUAUACUUUAAAUCAAUCAUUUAUACCAGCUAUGAUUAAUUCUUUACAAGUUAUUAAUGAACAUCUUAAAUCCUAUUACAAUAUUAAAAGUACAGAAUAUAUUAUGUCAUUAAUGAUUGAACGAGUAGCACUGAAAAUUGAACAAAUUAUUACUAAUUACCCUGAUACAAAACGAUUUACCUUAUAUGGAGCUUUAGUAUUUGAAAGUGAUAUAAGAAAUCUCCAAUCAUUUACUAAUUCACUUUUAUCAAUUAGUAUUCGACAUAAAUUUUCUAGAUUAAUGGAAAUAUGUGAUAUUCUAAAUAUUACUAAUUUAGAAGAGCUUGAAGAACUUCUUAAAACAGAUUUUCCAAACAGAAAUUGGCACAUUAGUAAAACUGAACUUUCUAAAAUUUUACAUCUCAAAUCAGAUCUAGAUCAAACAAAGGUUAAUCAAUUAAUUAAGAAAUACAGUCAUUUUUUUAGUUAG